UUUCUUGAUAUAACAAAUACCAUUCUUCACCAACAGCAUACUUUUGUGACAAUAUUUAAGUACUCCCAACCUCACAUCACUUCAACUACUUCGCACAACUCUUCAUUUUCUUAACGAAACAGAAAAAUGUGCUACAAUAAUACCAAAGUUAUGGCGCACUUAUUGUUGCUAGCAACAAUGAUAGUGGGCAGUGCAAUGGGAGAUUCAUCCAAGGACAUAGAGGAAUGCACGGAGCAAUUGGCAGGGCUAGCAACAUGCUUGCCUUAUGUUGGGGGUCAAGCAAAAUCUCCAACAGCAGAUUGUUGUAGCGGUCUUAAGCAAGUGCUCAAGAACAACAACAAGUGUUUGUGUGUAAUUAUCAAAGAUCGUAAUGAUCCUGAUCUGGGUGGUUUGCAGAUUAAUGUGACCUUAGCUUUGAGCCUCCCAACAGUUUGCAAUGCCCCUGCUAACAUCUCCAAGUGCCCCGAGCUGCUGCACAUGGAUCCCAAAUCACCAGAGGCUCAAGUAUUUUAUCAAUUGGAGAAAGGUUCCAACAAAAGUAGCACAAGUCCUGCAUCCAGUCCUUCUGAUGCAGUUGGAUCAAAUCCUGCAAGCAGUAAACAAACAGCCAGUGCCCCGCAGAAGAAUGAUGCAUUCUGCAAGGAGAAAAGAUUGUUUGGGUCAAAUGUUUUAGCUGCAUGGCUUCUAGUUUGGCUUUUAUUGGACUCUUCUGCUAUAAACAUGUUCCAGCUCCUUCCCUAUCUCUGUGUCAACUCACUGUAA